AUGGCACACGCGCGCUCCAGCAUGGCACAUCCACAGCGCGAACGCCCGGAAUGGAGCAGCGAGCAUCCAUGUACCCAUUGGAGACCGGGCCAUUCACCACCGCAGUCCCCACCCCACCCCAUCCCCCCGCGCAUCACGCCCAACCCGCAUCCGGAUCCGGAAACUUUCAUUCACCUCCCAUGGUCGCUCUCCCUGUUCGGAUCUAACAUUCGAGAGUUUGGUUCGGUCUCAGGCAGCGACGGCGUCACGGGCGUGGCAUCGAACGCGGACGCGGUGGCGAUGUGGAUGGUGUCCUGCAGGGCGCCGUGCGGCUGGUGCUCAAGUCCACAGGCGACACCACGCCUCCGUCCUCGGUGCCCUCCACAACACCCCCAACAUCCCGGCGGCUGGGCGGCACGGGACACGCGCUCCUCACAGUCUCCAACAUCCCGUUGGGUCGCCACCGCCUCUGCUAUAGAAAAUAAAGGGAAUACUGUGCUUGAAUUGCAGCAAAGAUCUAUUGAAUUCAGUUCCAUUAUACAAAGACAUCAAUCGAUGAAAUCAUCUUUGCUUGAACGGAUGCAUGUAUUGGAUGAAGCUAAUUAUUUGGUGAAGAGAGCUGCUUCUAUACAGGCUGCAGUUCCAUCUGUAAAUUCUGCUCCAGCAGUCACUUCUGGAGGCCCAUUUAAGCUUCCUAAUGGUGUUGGAAAGCCUGCAGCUCCUUUAGCUGAUUUGCUUGAUUUGAGUUCUGAUGAUGCUCCAGUGACUAUCUCGGCCCCUACAACAGCACCUAAUGAUUUUCUACAAGAUCUGUUGGGCAUUGGCUUGACUCAUUCGUCUCCUAUAGGCGGCGCUCCAUCUAUAAGCACUGACAUUCUGAUGGAUCUUCUAUCUAUUGGUUCAUCUUCUGUACAAAAUGGACCACCAACGUCAAACUUUAGCCUUCCUAGCAUAGAGACUAAAUCUGUCGCUGUUACACCUCAAGUUGUGGAUCUUCUUGAUGGUUUGUCCUCAGGCACAUCUCUUUCUGGUCAUGAGAACGUAACCUACCCCACAAUCACAGCAUUCCAGAGUGCAACUUUGAGGAUCACAUUCAGUUUCAAAAAACAACCUGGAAAACCUCAGGAGACUACAAUUAGUGCUUCUUUCACAAAUUUAGCAACCACUACAUUCACAGAUUUCGUCUUCCAGGCAGCUGUGCUAAAGGUUGCAUUUGCUUCUGACACUAAUCUCAUUCCCGACAACAGAGAUAUUAAAUAG